AGCCGCUCAAAUGCAGGGCCGCUAAUACUGGAGAGUCCUAUUUAGCUCUGCACACCACUCCUCUGGCACGUACGCCGCUUCUCAACACGCAGGUUGACAGCAUACUCUCGUCUCAAACGAAUCAUGUCUAUCGUGAAGAUCCACGCCAGGGAGAUCUUUGACUCCAGGGGGAACCCCACUGUGGAGGUCGAUCUCUACACUAACAGAGGCCUGUUCAGAGCUGCCGUCCCCAGCGGAGCGUCCACUGGUAUCUAUGAGGCCCUGGAGCUGCGCGACAAUGACAAGAGCCGUUACAUGGGCAAAGGUGUCUCCAAAGCAGUUGACCACAUCAAUAAGUCCCUUGGACCCGCUCUGAUCAAAGAGGGCAUAUCUGUUGUGGAGCAGGAGAAGAUCGACCAGUUCAUGCUCAGCCUGGAUGGAACAGAAAACAAGUCCCAGUUCGGCGCUAACGCCAUCCUGGGGGUGUCCCUGGCCGUGUGCAAGGCCGGCGCUGCUGAGAAGGGCGUGCCUCUCUACAGACACAUCGCUGACCUCGCCGGCAACCCAGAGGUCAUCCUGCCUGUGCCGGCCUUCAACGUGAUCAACGGCGGCUCCCACGCGGGCAACAAGCUGGCCAUGCAGGAGUUCAUGAUCCUGCCGGUGGGCGCCAGCAGCUUCAAGGAGGCCAUGAGGAUUGGAGCCGAGGUCUACCACAACCUGCGCAGCGUCAUCAAGAGCAAGUACGGCCAGGACGCCACCAACGUGGGGGACGAGGGUGGCUUCGCCCCCAACAUCCUCGAGAACAAAGAAGCUCUUGAGCUGUUGAGGAACGCUAUCAGCAAGGCAGGCUACACGGAUGAGAUCAUCAUCGGUAUGGACGUGGCCGCCUCCGAGUUCUACAGGGACGGCAAGUACGACCUGGACUUCAAGUCUCCCGAUGACCCCAGCCGUUACAUCACCCCCGAUGAGCUGGCCGACCUCUACAAAAGCUUUGUGCAGGAUUACCCAGUCAUGUCCAUCGAGGACCCCUUCGACCAGGACGACUGGGCCGCCUGGUCCAACUUCACAGGCAGCACGGACAUCCAGGUGGUGGGCGACGACCUGACGGUGACCAACCCCAAGCGCAUCCAGCAGGCUGUGGACCAGAAGGCCUGCAACUGCCUGCUGCUCAAGGUCAACCAGAUCGGCUCCGUCACCGAGUCCCUGCAGGCUUGUAAGAUGGCCCAGUCCAAUGGCUGGGGGGUGAUGGUGAGCCACCGCUCUGGAGAGACUGAGGACACCUUCAUCGCUGACCUGGUGGUGGGGCUCUGCACUGGACAGAUCAAGACCGGUGCACCUUGCCGCUCAGAGCGUCUGGCCAAAUAUAACCAGAUUCUCAGAAUUGAGGAAGAGCUUGGGGACAAGGCUCGCUUUGCCGGCAAGAACUUCAGAAACCCUCUGUAAAGUGAAGGACUGACAACUAUGACCUGUUGAAAGUAUAUUCACUUUUAGAAGACAGGGAAAUGUAGUGAACCAUGUAUUAGAGCACUUAUCAGCCUGUCUGGCAUUGAUUGACUACUGUAAUAACAAAAUGCAACUGUGAAGUUCAGCUUGUGUCUGUAAUGGCUAUCAAUAUGUCGUCAAAUGUGGGCUUAUAACCACUGCCGUCAAUGCUGAGGCCUAGGCUGCUCCAGUUGAGUCAAUGUUAUGGGUUGAACCUGUGUGAUACUCCAAAUGUAUUAAAUAAAUACUGAUGUUGUAUUUUAAUAUAGCUGUAUUAAAUGUUCAAGUUAAAGUAAUACCAUUACACUUAAGACUUGGAUUGUGUACCACCUGUGGCAGAGUUUGACGAAAUAAAACGUUCUGAUCUGUCAGA